AGUUUACCGCGGAGUUUAACUAAAUUUGUGAUUAGCCAGCUGUUUUCGAGGCGAGCCGAAAGUCAUCUGAAACAAGCCUAAUGCAUUAAUCCAGAUACACGCAUGUCAUAUGCGAAGUGUGGGUCAUGGUUUCUUUCGAUUAGACUGGACUGUAGCUAGUUGUGUUUGUGUUCUGUAUAAGGCUCGGUUAAAAAUGUUCAUAGUACGUAGUACCCAUGCGAUGUUGCAACGGCUACAGUUUAUAUACGAUUUCGAUGGCUAAAUAUUGCACAACUCUGCUGGUUUAUUUCCUUUCCAAUGGGAGGAAGCAACAAAUUGUAAAAUAGGAAUUUACAUCUCCAUUGUCGAAUUAUAGUAGGCUAUUUUAUACAACACGGCAUAAGAAUGUUUACAAACAGAGACUUAAAUUGAAUAUGUAACGUUAUCUUAGGUCGGACAGGCAAACUACUGAGGCACAAGGGCUAUUCUUCCAUCGACUCAACUUUCAAAGCGUCCAGAGACUCCUCGUCCCUAGCGUACAACGAGGGAUUGGCUGCUAAAUUUUUGUCUUCUCCUGAAGCUCGGCGCGGGAGACCAAGGGACCGGCUGGAUGACUGAGAAUGCCCAGUCUCCUGGCUGUCCUCCUUACUGUUUCUGUGGUGGUGGGUGGAGGAGGAGCCUCUGAGGCCACGCCCACGCAGCAGUCAGCUCAGUGCCGUGAUUUGGGCGUGACACGUGUUGGUGUGGUGCGGGUGUACCAGGGUGAGGUCGGCAGGCUGGGCUGCCCGAUUUUCCACGACCUCAGUGUCUCCAGCUACAGCCUGUUUUGGUACCGGGUCCAGCCCGGCCAGGUCCUGGGGCAGCCGGUGAAUCUCAGCCUCCCAGGUCACAGGAUCAGCGCAGAGAGUGAAUGGCUGUGGUUCGAGCCGGCUGUCGCUGAGGACGCAGGACGCUACGUCUGUGCGCUGAGAAAUGGGACUCUGUGUGUGAAGAUGGGCGUGCGGCUGGAGGUGCUCCCCAGACCGGGCAAUGUGUGCGUGACUGAGGCAGCCGCAGAUCCCCACCACGUGAAGAUUCCUCUGGAGGAAGACAAAACACUCCACUGCCCUGACAUCCAGGAGUAUCGGCUCUCACACAAAGACCCGCAUGUGCGCUGGUUCCACAAGUGCAACGUGAUUCCAGCUAGGCAUCCUGACCGGGAGGUGAAGAAGAACACUCUCACCAUUUAUUCGAUGCUUGAGAUGUACCAGGGGAACUAUACCUGCGUGGUCACCUACCAGUCUGGCGGAAGAGAACUGAACUUCACCAGGGUGAUCACUGUGCGGGCUGUGUCGUCCUCUCGGUUGGACAAAACGCCAAUUAUAUACAACCCAGAUCGGGACCAGCUCUACAUGGUCAAAUUAGGGGCCGCUGCCCGGCUGGACUGCAGAGCGCUGGUGUACGAUGUGGAAGGAGACCCGCGGGUGUGGUGGGAAGUGGACGGGCGGAGACCGGAGCAGCUGGCAGAUCAGCGCAUCACAAACGAGGACAGCUAUGAGGAAGACGAUCUGCUUGACAGAACCAUGAAGACCGUGCUUGUCAUCCAGAAGUUCAGCUCCCCGGACCUGCAGCGCGAGUACACCUGCCACGCCCAGAACAGCAGGGGCAACGCCACCCAGAGAGCCAAGCUGAAGCCACAGGCGCACACGCCCUCGGUGCAGCUGGGCUGCGGUCUGGGUGCGGUUCUGGUGUUGGUGCUGAUCCUGUUUGUGGUGUAUCGUGUGUUUCGGCUGGAGCUGCUGCUGUUGUACCGCGCCCACUGUGGACCUGAUGCGAGCGACACAGAUGGGAAGGAGUAUGACGUGUACAUCUCCUACGCCAGGAACAGUGAAGAGGAACAGUUUGUCCUCCUGACCCUCAGAAGGGUUCUGGAGAACGAACUGGGAUAUAAAGUGUUUAUCUUUGAACGGGACAGCCUGCCAGGGGGCACCAUCACAGACGACACUCUGAGCUGCCUGGGCCGCAGCCGCUGCCUGAUGGUGGUGCUCAGCCCCCGCUACAUGGUGCAGGGGACCCAGGCCCUGCUGGAGCUGAAGGCGGGGCUGGACUCCAUGGCGCAGGCCGGGGACCUGCGGGUGAUCCUGGUGCAGUACCAGCCCCUGGCCCGGGACGGCUGGGUUCGGGAGCUGCGCCGGGCCCGCCUGGCCCUGGCUGUCGUCCGGUGGAAGGGGGAGAAGUCCUCAGACGUGUCCUCGCGCUUCUGGAAGCAGCUGCAGCUGGAGCUUCCUGUGAGGAGGAGGAAGACUGGACUCACUGAGGAAUGCAGCGCACUCCCACUGACAACACUCACACCCCGAGAACACACACACACUGACAACACUCACACACCCUGAGAACACACACACACUGACAACACUCACACACCCUGA